UGCAAUAAAAAAACCUUACAGGGGAAAAGGUGUCCCGGCCCCAAAAAAACUCAUAUCAGAACCGUGGCAUUACAAUCGGACGGCACAAAAGCCUCCUUUGUCCUCCCGAACUCUUCUUCCGCACCUCAACUUCCCGCCCGUCGCCGCCGCCGGCCGCCGCUUCCUCCGUCGAUGUCAUUUUUCGAUUUAAGCAUCCCCUACAUCGAGAAAACCAGCGCUCCCGCACCUGAUGCUCGCAGCGGCCCCGAUUGUCGUCUGCGAACUGUCGCGCGUGCAAUGGAGCUCGGCUACACCGCCGUCGCUUAUGAUCGCCCCUUUCGCGGCGUUCUCUCGGACGCCGACCGAUGUCGGAUCGCGCCCUUCAAGCCCCAAUCCUUUCUCGAAUCCGUCGCCGGAUGCUCCCCUGCCGCCUUCACUUCCUCCGUCGCCCUCCAUCGAGAUCUCCUUGGUGUCCCCCGUACCUCUCCCUUCAGGCAAUACACCCGCAUAACUAUUUCCGUCGACAGCGCCGCCGCGGCGUCAGCCCUCAACAUCGGCAACCGCCUCUUGAGGACUUAUGAUCUAGUAGCGACGCGGCCAUUGAACCAGAUGGCUUUCGAUCAGGCGUGCAGUGCUUCGGAGGUUGAUAUAAUUUCAUUAGAUUUUUCUCAGAAACUACCCUUCAGGUUGAAGCUUGGAAUGGUUCAAGCUGCAAUUAAGCGUGGGGUGCAUUUUGAGAUAUCCUAUUCUCAUAUUAUUGCUGGUGGUCAUGCAAGGCGGCAAAUAUUGUCAGAGGCCAAGCGAUUGGGCGAGUGGACACGCGGGAAAAACCUGAUUAUCUCAGGUUCUGCUACAAGAUUCGAUGAAGUUAGAGGUCCUCGUGAUGUCGCAAAUUUAUCAACAACUUUGCUCGGCCUAACCAUGGAGCGAGCUAAAGCAGCUAUUUCUAAGAAUUGUAGGUCCUUGGUCGCUAAUUCCCUGAGAAAGAAAGAUUGCUACUUCAAAGAGGCCAUCAAAAUAGAACGAAUAUUACCGAAUGAAAAAAAGGACUCUCUUUCCGACUGGUUCAAUGAAUGGAAUGAUUGGGAUCCAAUAUCCAGCGGGGAGAAUGAUCUUCCCUCACUUGAUGAUAUAACUAAGCUUUUCUCCGCCGCCAGCAAACAUUCUAAAGGCCAAAAUGCAGCUCGUUUUACAUCCUCUAUCAACGGAAUGGCUCCCCAUCAAUCUGAUGAAAUUGAUCAACAUGAUCAUGCUUCGCCGGAGAAUAUGGUGGCUGUGGUUGCAAAAUCUGUGCCAAAAACCUCAAAUGAAGAGACCAAGCAAUGUUCGGACGAAAAUGGUAUGGAAAUCAAUGUUUUUGAGAAUACUUCUCUGACUGAAAUGUGGAUUUCAGAUGACUUGUCAUUGAAAGCACCAUCCCCAACAGAGUUUUAUAGUGUUGGUGAUGAAGAUAUAGAAGUUAGAGAUCAGGUGGAUGUUGCUUCAUGUUCUAGAGAUCAGAUUUCCAUGAUUGAUAAUAACAUAAUCAUUAGUGUAGAGGAUCAUUAUGUAGAGCAAGUGGAGAUCAAAGAGAAAAAUUCCUCACCAGGUGAUGUGCCACUUAAUGGCUAUCCUGAUGAAAUUUGUGGGCAGGAGCAUAUAUCUGUACCUUUAGAAACUCAGGUAAACAUAGAACAGGAAAAUCAACAAAAUUCUUCUUCAGAAGCUGCAUCAACUGAUGUGGUUUUGUUAGAUAGUUCUGCCAAAUUGGAAAUGCAGCCACAGGAAAAUGUUAUUUGCAAAAGAAAUGAUCCCAAGGGAUUUGUAACUAAAAUUAAAUGCGAAAAGAAGCAUGUUUCUACUGCAGAAAUUGAAGGGCCUGAUGUGUUAUUAGUUGAUCUUUCUACUUCAGUGAAAGAUGAUCCUAUUUUUUCUCCAGAAAAUGAUUCUCCACUGAAUAAAAUGGAACAGCAAAAUAUGCAGCGGCCUGUUAAGGCAAAUGAAUUUACUAAUAGGCAUAUUCAUAAAUCAGGAAAAAGAAGGCUCAGAAGAAGAGCACACGAUUGGGGCUAUCGACUAACUUCCAGAGGUCUUUUUAAGCCAUUGUUUUUCAACAAUAAGAAGGCAGGUUCAUUAAGAAGAAUGCGCCAGUUUUUAAAAAUGUUAUAUUAAUUGAUCACAGUAUUUUUUUUUUUUUUCUGAAUGUGUUCUUAUUCUCAUUUUAAGGCUUAUAGAUUUGUUUAUUUUUUUCCAUGCUCCCAGAUUAAGGUUGGGAAAUUUACAUGCA